UAUACGUAUAUUACUCGUAUAUACCAAGAGUGAAAAAAUUUCUCUGUUAACCGCGGAUACUUAACAUUUCACUCUGUAUUAGUUUUAAGGUUUAUGAUGUAGUAUGGACGUCGUGUUAAACACACUUUUAUGUGAAAGAGAUUUUAUUCUUUGCCGUGUUUAUGUUUACAAUGUGAAAGGAAAAUGGAUUUAUUGAAAAUGGUGGAUAGGGAAUUUAUAUUUUUCUGUUUUUCACUGUUUAUAUUGUUUAGUACAAAGGAAACCGCGGGAGAAGUUCAGUCAUGGAGUAUGUCGCAACAGUGUGGUAGGAGAUUAGAGAGCUAUGGAGGGACGCUGAACUUUGACGCGUCACGGAUGAGGGACCGGUUCUGUCAGGUAGAAAUCGUCGGUAAAGGAGCCUCCGACACCAUGCUGUCACUGUUUUUCACUUCUUUCAACAUCUCCGACGAUUCUUGUAUGGAAAAUCUUACUAUAGAAGAACCAGGGGCCGUCCAACAAACAUACCAACUUGGCAACAUUCCCCAAGGUCUUUACAAGUCAAUUUGCAAAAGAACCGGAUAUUUGAAUGAGAAUUCCAUCUACACAACCUUCCAUAAUUCAUUAAUAUUAAAAUAUUCAUCACGACAAAAGCAAUCCGCCAUGAAUAUGAGAUUUACCCUUAAAUUCACAUCAUUUACAUCAAGAUACGGUGGAUGCACGGAGGGGGAGAUAGCAGAUGAUAUGUUUUCUUGUCCAACAGGGAGGUGUGUACACAACAGUUUAUUGUGCGAGAACAUGAAUCCCUGUGGGGACAAUGGAGGCUGUAACUCCACAGAUAAUUCGGCCAAGCAAAAAGAGGAAGCUGCCGGAUUAAAUUAUGUCAAAUUUCUAGUAAUAACAGUAGUGGUAUUGUUUGCAAUAUUUGCACUUAUUCAAAUAACACUCAUAGUGAGGAACGAAAAUAAAAUGUGUCCAGGGAAACACGAGCCGAAAGAACAUUUGGAAGCAGAACUGAUGCCAAUGACCAAUGGACAUACAACAAGAGUUCACAGAGAUGUCGACAUAGAAAUAAUGAAAUCCUGAAGAAAUGGGGACCAAAAAAUUACCAGAUUGAAUUUUGAUAUUAUUGGCGUUUUGCUGCAUGAUUUACGAACGCUCAUCACAAGCGACCAAAGUGUAGCAGACGAUGUGUUUGACUUGGUCAAUUAGGCCUCACAUAGCUCCUGGAUCAUAUUAUCACAGUGAUUUUUUCACACAUCUCAUUGCCCGGCGUUCAUCUUACGUCAAAUGUCACGUCAAAUGUCACGUAUAAACAUCAAUCGGAACAUCUCUGCUAUUAUCAAUAAUUUUCCGAACUGACGGAAAGGAUGUAAAUAACUAACGUAAAUCUCGAAUGUUUGGCAUAUAAGGACUAUACAAGCAUAACAUUAGGGACUAUACAAGCAUAACAUUAAGAACUCUGCAAGCAUAACUUAAUUUUAUUGUAUUCAACGCCCCUAAGGCUUUGACUUAUUUCUUCUAGACAACGUGAGCGAUAAGAGUAUUCAGGGUCCGCAUAUAUUUCAUGACACUUUAGUUGUUAUCAACUUGCAGCAAUGUCAAAGCUUUACUUACAUAAAUUGCCAGUUUUAUCUAGCGAGUCAGGGUAUAUUGGGGCUUUGGUCAGUUUUUUCUAUAUUUUGUGCGGUUUGCAUAAAAAUGUUUCCACGAUUUCUAAUCCUUUUAUAUUUGUUUCUUGUGCCACUGUUUGACUUUCCAUUUUCUAAUACAAAAUGACGACAAAUUUUAUUUUAUAACUUUAAGCCUCAGAAUGCUUAGUAGUUCUGAAGUGCUGUACAUUAUGUAUACGGGUGUAUCUUUAAAACCGUGCGAAUAAUGAUGAUUUUUUAAAAUGUGUACAUUGUCAUAAUGCUGAACAAGCUGUGCUUCAUCAUUUUGUAUAAAGUAUGGCAAAUGUUAACUACAUUAAUCUCAGAUUUACGUCUAAAUUCCGAAACAAGACAUUUUCUUUAGUUUAUUAUCAAAUGCACCAAAACUAAUCUUACAGGGAAUGAACAUACAUUUUAUACUAUAAGACUGUAAAAAGAUUUGCACAGAAACAGUAACUACGUAUUUUUCACUUAAAAUUCAACACUUUAUUUCCAAUGCAAGUCCUAUACUGAAUCGGGAAAUUUAGAUAUAGCACAUUCUGUUAAAGAAUUCUGAAUUACUGUCUUAUAUUUUCCUGAAACAACAUUUUACAGACUAUAUUUUAUACAGCCAAUAGUGGACAUAUGUACGCUCUUGAAAAAAACAACUAUAUGAAUAUUUUACUUCGAAUUGUUUUCGUGGCUACACGCAUUCCCACACCUGUUUUCGUUGCAAGUCCGGUUAAAAAGUUUUUUUAAUGAAAGUAUGAAAUACUUUGCCGUCCACGUGUUUAUGUGUAUAUAUUCAUUUUCUAUCGCAUCAUUAUUUUUCAUAUAAUAUUUAUCACACUUGCUACGCUUAUUUUAGCCAUUUUGAUUUGUUUUGUUUUUAUUUUGUAUUACUAUUGUGUAACAUUUUUCUUAGAAUGAAAUUUCGUGUUUACUCCACAAAUCAAGGUAUGGGCUGGGUUUUUUUAACACUUCAUUUUGAAUAAAUAUCAUAAAAUUAAAAUAUUCAUGACCAGUUGAGAUUUUAUAUAUUUUUUUACACAAAAGAAAUCGGGUUAAAUUUUUAAAGGAAUUUUUAUCAACUUUUUUUUUAUAUGUCAUCCGGAAGACUAUGUACAUGCGUUCCGUUAAUGUAUAAAAUAAAUGUUGUUACAGAAUGUACAUGUCUUAAUGUUUUAUCAACUAGUAUUUGUUUUAUUCACUAUUACUUUGUUUAAAUAUGAAUGAUAAUGAUAGAGAGGAUAUUCAAGUUUGUUCUAUAAAUACAGGACUUAUUUUCAUGAGUGGUAUGAAAAUAAAUAUUUCAGGAGUGGCGGUAGCCAUGAAUGAAAUUUGAUAAUUUUCAUAGCACAAGAUGAAAAUAAAUCCUGUAUUUAUAGGAAAAACUUGAAUAUAUAAAUUUUUCUCUUUUUUGACAUCACAGUUUAAAAGACUUUCCCUUACAUUUUGAAUAUUGGCUGAACUUAAAAGAAAGUAGUCCCGCAAGACACCAGUGAAAUUACGGAAAAUAUGUUUCACUGCAGUGAAAAUACGGAAAAAUGAAAAAACAUAUGUUAUUUCAUCAAUAUUUCUCAAUAUUUCAUUUAUGUAAGUAUAUAAUAAACCGGUAAAUUUACGUCAAAUUUGUAGUGACUAACAAUGUUAUUUCCUGUUGAUAUAAAAACACAUUUUCAUCUUGACGACUAUCCGGUAACGUAAUACUUAAAGGCACAUUAUGUCUCAGAAAACAAAUUAUUUUCACUUCUUUCGAAAAAGCAAACAAUGUUUUUAUUAUGUUCAAAAAAUGGUUUAAAGAAUGUUAGAUGCUUGUUACUUGAAGAAAGUAGCGAUAAAUGUUACAACAGUUUGUCAUAAAAUUAGCAAAAUGUAAACAAAAUAUUAUUUUGUACAUAAUACACUGUACAAAUUCACUAUAACUGUACUUAUUUCCAAAAAGCAACAGAUGAAAAAGAUGGCCCAGUUAAUGGCCAAUGAGUAACGUUUUGGAUAUUAUAAAAGUUUAAAAGCUUUUGAAAAAAAUGAAGUAUAAAAGCUUUUCUGAGGCAUAAUGGGCCUUUAAUGUUAAUGAAAUCACGGUGGAUAUUUUGAAAUGUUCGGUGGAUAUUUUGAAAUGUUCAUGAAGUAGAUCCUAUAUGAUAUGCUCAAAAGAUCUUGGGCUAUCACUAUUUCCUUGGCGUUUUCUGUGUACAAUAUACUUAUAUAUUGAAGGAAUUGUCUGUUCAGCUAGAGUUUUAGAUUUAUAGAAAGCUUAAAAGUGACAUUAUACUCAAAUAUUCUGGACGUUGAGCAAGGUAAGACAAAGACUUUAAUGUUGAGCUACUUUAAUUAGGUUCUUAGUACAUCAAUGUUAGAAAAAUGUAUAUUUUAGCCAUUAUUUUUCAUUUGCAUGUUUGUUUCAUGAUUUUUGAUGCGAUUUUAUACGUUUUUAUCUUUAAUAUGAUAUUUAUAUAAUAAAUAUAUAAAACUG